AUGUUCCAGGAAGGCAAUAGCUGUGUGUAAGUAUAUGCUGUUCCAGUUCGUCAUUUAUUUUCUAAUGAAAGUCGUUUUAUGGCUCUGGUGGAGCAGUGGAUGACCUACGCAGACAAGGACAAGCCUCCGUGCCCCUUCAACCGACGUCGGAGACCGCCUCAGACGAUCUUCUUCGUAUUUGGAAAGGACAAAGAUCAGAACAGGUGGUCUGUCCUGCGUUUCGAUCCGCACCUCGAAAAGGAAGAGAGGAUUGCUGACAUGGAGAAGCGAGAAUGGGCCUCCUACAGUGUCGUGGGCGGUGAGUUGCCUGACAGUUACGCACCUCCUCUUCUGCUCACCUGCCUUGUUUUCCUCUUUGUCUAAUUUGACCAGUUGGUGUCCCUUUUUGCCAGAAUUAUAACAAACACACACACACACAGUCCUGCCAGUAAAGCUGCCAUCGCCACACAAUGCAAAGGAUUGCAGUAGCAGUAAUUGAGGGCUUUUGAGGUCUCGAAGUUGUCCAUUCGCCUGGCCUGUCCCGACGCGAUUGCUGUUUUCCGUCUUCGAUUUACCCAACCGUGUCUCCACCUGCGUGAUUUGUGUCCGUCACUGGCGCCCACGUCUUUUUGUCCGACGAUGAUAUUCGCCCUCUUUCUGUCAACUACAUGCCUUUUUUAUUUUAUCUUUCCACUUUAACUUUCUUCCGCGCAAUUUUAUGAAACUUUUUUCUAUCCCACCCCACCCCCACUGAAGAGAGCAUUUUCGUGGUUGGAGGAAACACUGCGCAAGCGAGCAACUCCACGAGUGUCGAGGAGUUUCUGGUGGCAGAACGGCGCUGGCGCAAACGGGCGUCCCUCGCCGUCGGACGUUCGUACCACGCAGCCGCAGUCCUGACGGAAGCCGGAGGGGAGACGCUUAUCGGCGUUUUCGGUGGAUACAACGGUAGUCGCCUUUCCUCCUGUGAAGUCUAUGAAGUCGGUCGGGACAGGUGAGAGCACACUCGUCCUGGCGCCUCCUUUUUUUUCUUGCAAAAUCUUCCUGUUUUGUCUUCUCACUCGUCGCCUCCUCCUCCUCCCCAACACACACAGGUGGUUCAAACUGCCGGAUCUGCGAGAGAAGAGGGACGAACCAGCUGCUGCCUGCCUGCCCGGCGACAGCAGAAUCUUCGUUUUUGGCGGUCAUAAUGGCUCCUCCGUGCUGGCUUCUGUGGAGUUCUGCCACCUGCGAGCAGACUGGCGAGAGAGGGCGACCUCCUCGGACUUUUGGCAGCCAGCCGCACCCAUGAGAACUGCACGAAGCAAGCUGGCAGCGACACACUUUCGGGCGAAAAUCAUUGUCGCCGGGGGAUAUGGUGUUGGUGGAAAGAGUCUAAACGUGGUGGAGAUGUUCACACUACCAGAUGCCAGGUGUCCCCGGGGCCAGUGGACAGAGUUGACUGGCAUGAAGGAACCCCGCGCGUUUUUCGCUCUUCUCACCUCCACCGACGACGCCAUGUUUGCUCUCGGUAAUGAUGCCUCCUCCUUCUUUGCUCUACACUGACUGCAUUCCUUCUCCACUUUCUCCUCUUUUUCAUGCCAUUCCAUGGCCUUUUCUGUGUAAUCCCUUUUUAUGAGGAAGAUUAAGACAUCCCUAGUGAUGGCAAUCAUGUGAAAAUGUGACUUUGCAUGGCGUUUCGUAAACACAACGAGGUUAGGGCCGAUGGUAGUCCGUUUGUAGUGCAAAUCGUCUGUUUAUUAAAGUAGAUUUUUACGAGAAUUAUGCAGCCGACUGUUUAAAGCGUCUUCAGUAGAUACUGCGUUCAAAGUUUACUUUGUCUGCUCUGAGUUUUAUUGAAAUAAAUUUUUGUCUAGCGGUUUUGUGCAAAUUGUAUGCUAAUGUUGUCUAUUUUGAUAUUUAUGAAGAUAGAAUUUCACUGGAAUUAUUCACAAUUUUGCAGGCUGUUGGAAUGGAUCAGGAAACACGGUGGAGACUUUCACAGCACCAGGCGGACCAGCUGAUGUCAGCAACGACUUGACAUCUUGGAGCUGGUCGUCGAAGAAACCACUGGAGACGCUCGAAAAGAUCGCUGGAGCUGCAAGCAUUCGCAUGUAAACUUCUGCGUUUCUUGAUGUUCAUUCUAUGAUCCGCAUUUUAAGAAAUAAACGACUUGAAAUGUAAGCUGUUUUGUCGUUUUUUUGAAAACGUCGAAUGGAUGUGCAGUGCCCAACACCCAAGGAAACUAAUUAAUGGCGUGAUUAUCUCUGAAAGGAAUGAAAUGUAUGGACCGGUUGUUUUUUACGAGGGAGAUGCUCGUUUUCGGGACUAAUGCAUGGCUUUGGGGAGAAAUCAUUGUCGCCAGCGGAUAAGAUACUGGAGACGAAUUAGAUUUAGUGGUGGAGAUGUUCUCACCGCCAGGCGUCCCCAGCGGGGUUAAUAAACAUGGCCUCCAAUUUUUUUUAAAAAACACCUAAAGCGUGUAAAGUGUCCAACACUUGGAGUGACAAAAUAAUCUCUAGCAUAUCUCUGCGAGGAAUGAGAGCUGUGAUCAAGGUAAACAUAGCAAGGAGAUGCCCACUUGUUGACGAAGUGAGUAACACUAGUAAGAUCGCAGAUCGGGGAGCUUGUGUGUUAAUAUGAAUGGCACACGUACUACUUACUGAGGCGACAGGAGCAGUUAGAGAGUGGACGGCGGACCUGGCACUAUGAAUUAGGACAGAUGUCACCAAGUCUGAAUAGUGUCCCACUCCUAAAAGCCAAUGUAGCCCACCCCCGCGAAAUGCGAUAGACUGCUGUGUGAGUUGCUAUCGGCCUUCUCUAUUAAGGGAAACGUUACACUCCUUAUUAUUCGGUCGACGGAAGACGUCGGCGGCAUGUACGCUGUCUGUCUCCGUAGCAGAAAAGUGAUCCGUUUCUUACUCUGAAAAAGAGGUAGCGGUUAGGCUGUCUCGGGAUUUAUGCUUAGCAAUGAUUUCACCGAGCACGACGAGCUCACAUGAAUGAUGUCAAGGGUAUUUAAGAAAACGCAUGUUCAAACAUAACCCUGGUUAGUGAUUUGGUUGCAACCAGAGAUACGAUUAACUGAAUCCGCACUAUCUACGUGGGAAGACCCCGCUUCUUCUUGCGUACCAGGUGGACAGUCAGUUAUAAGGGGCCCCUGGUGGCCCCUGGACCGUGAGGGGGCCUGCACGCCUGACGAGAGAAAAUCGGUCGCGCUGGAUGGAUGACGCAGCUGGCAGAUUUCGCCAGAUGGCCGAACGCUGAGUGCGAGUAGAAGCGCCCCUAGAUGACCUUGGCGGCAGGUAGUCAGUGGCGUGAUGCGCUGGAUCAUCACGCGUGCUAAGUCGGGGCUUGUCUUGCGUUAAUUGGAAAAGUCCACUCAGGAAAUGUCAACAUUUUGUCCGACUUUCAGACAUACGUAGACUUUGUCUUUGCUAGAUAUCCACAUUUCCAUCAAAAAUGUCAGUUGCCGAUGUCCGAAAUGCCAGAGUCGGUUAUAAGAAAAAGGCUGUGUUUUUACUUAAAACACGGUUAGUUCGCCGUCAGACAAUUUGGACAUACCUACUCGACAGAUCAUCAGACGAAGUGCGAAUAUUUCCAGGAGUGCAGACGUUAUUAUUAAGAAUAUGCGUGGGAUAGUAUAGGAAUUUCAGUCCAUGCAUAUUUCACCCACCGUUCGCCCCUCCAACUUCAAUCUGUUGCUGUCUUUUUUCGAAAAUGAACUUGGAACCUCUAGUGAACAUAACGUUAGCCUUAAUGAUCAAGUGAUUUUCCUGACAGUAAAAUAACACUGUCACGGAAGCUCCAGUUCUGAAAAUGAAGUGGGUUCGGUCUCCGAAGUUGCUCCUAAGAGAAACCGCAGUGUUCUGCAUACUUACUUGAUUCCCUACGACAAAGGAGGCAUAAUUAAUCAGUCAUUGUAAAUAUCUGUAUUUUCCAGCCAGAAGCCAGAAGGUAAAACAAAUGCGAUGAAGUUGUGAUUAACAUCGAAGCACGCCAUUCCAAGGUUAUAUUAAUGCGGAUUCGACAAUCUGCAGGAGUGUUUCACCGAACAUAGGUACACGAAGUCUAGCCAAGUAGGAUUUAACUGAAUGCUCAAGUGCAAUACGGGUUUCAUGUUUUUCAAAUACGCGUGUUGAUAUAUUCGCAUAAAUUAGUUAUGCAUAAUCCAGGACAGCAAACCAAGGGUGGCUAAGAGAAGAUGCGAAAAAUGAAAUAAUUUUUUCUGAUGUUAGGACCCUUGUACAUAGAAACGACGAACACACACACACACACACACUGAAUUUUAAACUAAAGAUUUUGUCGACUUCAGUCUGCCAGGCAGACCGCGUUUUUAACAAAACUUUCAGUUUCCAAAUUCAUAGAAUCGUCAAAGUCAGUUUUUAGAACCAAGGAUGAUGUUAGUAUUUACUAAACGGCUAGAUCGCGGACGGUCACAAUUUAAACAUUGCUUCUCAGGAAAUAGCCAAACAAAUCACGAAAAGCUGCAGUGAAUGCGGGCGUUAUCAUUAUAGACAUGCGUAUGAUAGCAUAGGAAUUGCAGCUUAUAAAUAUUUCAACCGCUGUACGUCCACAAAUUCCAUAUGUUUCUGUCCUUGAUUUAAAAGUUAUCGGGAAACUCAAGUGAACAUUAUUAUCGCUCUAGCGAUCGAGUGAUUCUCCUCACAUCAAAAUGACACUGUUAAGAAUGCUUUACUUCUGAGAAAUAAGUGGUUUCAGUUUUCGAAGUUGCUCCUAAGCCUAAUUGGUGGGAUUCGAACCCACAACAGCAAAGAGAGGCUUUCGUGCAGCCAACGAUCUAGCCAUCUGAGAUACGAGGCCCCACCGCACGACGCGAGUUGAAUCACAUAUCAAUCAAGUUUACCCAUUCGAUCUACAGCAGCGUCUGGAAUCCAUCAAAUCUGGUAAAGUAAGCUGACUUUCCAAGCAGGAUUUUCUAAUUAAUGCAUUUUGAAUCCACCAGAUGGCUACGAGUCUCACGUAAUUCAUAGGUAUUUUGGCAGAUACGAUAAUUGUAGCGUCGUCCGAUGGAGCCUUUUAGCACAGGUGACUAGAGCGUUGGCUGAACUAAGGCUUCCCCAUGCUGUCGUGUGUUCAAACUCCAUCGAGACGCCGAGUAGUUCAUAUCGGUAUCAACAUAACUGGUCUGUGGACUUGAGAUUAAUACGGCGAUAUCGACAAUAGUCGGUCAAGCUGCAAUAGGCUCGUCUUGCGAAUCAGCAUAAGGAGAUAUGGAUAACUUAACAUAGUCAAACCAUUCCUGUCUCGACUUCAAAUCCCACCGUGGCACCAAGGCUUCACAGUUCGAUCGAGGUGGAUGUGUGAGUCUUUAGGAAAUAUUUUCUUAGAUAUUUUGGCAGAUUUUGAAUAAUUCAUAUUUACCCAACUGUAAAAAACUCGGCGACUCGGUGGGUUUCGAACCCACGCAGUAAGGAGGAGUCGUCAGUACAGUCAACGCUCUAACCACCUGAGCUACGAGGCCCCGCCGGACUACGCGAGUUUUAUCACAUUUGGGUCAAGAUUCCCGCCCCACUUACUGCAACGUCUGGAAUCCACCAAAUCUGAUACAGUAAUUUGACUGCUCAGGCAAGAUUUCCUAAGUAAUACAUCUAGAAUCCACCAGAUGGCUACGAGUAAUUCAUAUAGGUAUUCAAAGUUAUUCAUAAAGGUAAUUCAUAGGUAUCAUGACAGAUACGAUUAAUGUAGCGUCGUCCGGUGGAGCCUCUUAGCUCUGUUGGCUAGAGCGUUGGCUGUACUAAGGCUAACUCUUGCUGCAGUGGGUUCAUACCCCACCGAGGCGUCGAGUAUUUAACGUGCGUAUAAAAAUGACUCGUCUGUGUACUUGAGUUUAAUACGGCAAUAUCGAAAAUAGUCGGCCAAGCUGCAAUAGGCUCGCAUUGCGAAACAAAAUAAGGAGAUAUGGAUUACUUGACAUAGUUAAACCCUUGCUGUCGUGGGUUCCAGUCCCACCGUGGCACCGAUGUUUAACAAAUCAAUCAACGUGGAUGCGUGAGACUUUAGGAAAUAUAUGCUGUAAACUGAAGGGGCUCUCGGUUCUAACGGAUAGGCAAUUUAGGACUAUACAGUGGUUUUACUUUCAGUUAUGGCACAAAAUGUAUAUGUGAAAAAAACUCGCGUCGUCCGGCGGGGCCUCGUAGCUCAGUUGGUUAGAGCGUUGGCUGUACUGAAGCCUCCCCCUUACUGCGUGGGCUCGAAUCCCACCGAGGCGCCGAGUUUUUUACAGUUGGGUUAAUCUGAAGAAAUAUAUUCUGUAAACUGAAGUCGCUCUUGGCACUUACAGAUAGGAAACUUUAGACUAUACAGUGGGUUUACCUUCAGUUAUAGCACAAAAUAUAUAUGCCAGGUAAAUUCCCCGCGUAGUGGUUGCAAACAUGCAGCCAUGUGUUAGGUACGAAUGUUGCACUCAUUGCAUUAGGGCUCCUGUCAUCAUUAUUCACAAACCAAGUGACAGACGCGAGCAGAUCACGCCACUUUGGAUGCACCGAUUUGCACUAAAAUCUACUCAUCCGAUGCGGAGGGAGGGGGGGAGCUGGCUGGGUGUGGUUUCGUGUGUGCAGAUUGCAAGCGUGAUGGUGUUGUGUGUUAGCAGGGUGAGGCUUCAAUUCCCGUGAAAGAAGAGGAUGACGCACUCUCUACUCGAUCUUCUCUUCAGUCUCGCAGCGACUGCCGCCCUGAAUUACGCUAACCCUUCGCCUAUGCUCAAUGUAGCCACAGGUGAUCCAGAUGGUGGUGUGGAGUUGUUGUCUUUCAGCGGCUGUACGUUAAGCUAAGUCUGCUGUAGAGCGUUUUGUCGAUCAGAGUUGGGCAAACACCGGGCAAAAUCGCAAUGCUUGGAAACUGCACAAAGUUCUCUAAAAUACAGUCUUGCGGUUUGAUUUUGGGCAGGAUAAACGACGGUGGCGUAAGUGACAGUGUGAGAACGAGAAGGAUUAGAUCAGAUGAUGCGUCGGCUCCACGGUGGCAUGAAGGUUUGAGACCCAGACAUUUGACCUGACAGGAUAUGUCAAGGUAAACGACCCCCAGGUAAGCUGAAUAUUGCCCUGUGGUCUUUGCCCGCUCACCAUCUCCAUUUCAACAAUGAGCUAGCUCAACGGCUGGACAACUUACAAAUCGCCAAUUCAGCCGCCGCUGCCACCGUUGAGGAGAACGCAUCCGUGGAGAACUGUUGGGACACAAUCCAGUCGAAGGCGCUGGCCGUCCUCGGUCGCGCAUCCCGCCACCUACAACCUGCUCUCCGAGAAGGACCGCCUGCAAAAAGCCUGCAUAGACCACCCCACCGACGACGACAACAAAUGCCUUCGACAGCGUGA